CUCAUUUUCCACAGAAUUCAUUAACCCUCUUUUUCCGUAUCCUCCUCGAGCCGAAGUGACGGCUGUUCCUGGAAGUUAUGGAUUCUUGCAUCAUUUUAUAGCGUUUCCUCACAGGUCUGUUCCCUUCACCGGAGCAUUAACUUACUACAUCUACGUAGUUGGACGCUCGUUGCCACGACUUGACUUGUGUGUUGGCAUUAUUAAUUGUUGUCAAAGUGUUUGCUUCAAGAAACCCAUGGACCUCUUUAGUAAAAAGCAAAGGUUUUUAGAAUCGCCACCAAGGAAGGUCAAAGUGAAAAGACAGUCUUCCUGGCCUUGCUCCCCCAAGCCAUGUGAUCAAGUAGAUGGAAAGCAAACGCCACUGAAAAAUCUGCAUCAGGCAUCUCUCUUGGGACUUCUAAAAAUGUCCAAGUCAAAAAGAAUUGUAAAGGAGAGUAAGUGGUUUUCAAUGGAAGACUGUAGCAUGCAGCACUUAAAUCUGUCCUGUGAAAAAAAGACUGCCGGCAUGGAAUGGACCUCUGAAGGAGUGGCCAACUGUGAACACCUGCAACCCAUCUUAUCAAAAGACCCUUUUCACAAGAACCAGUGUGUAAAGGAAGCUGCUGAUCCACUGUCCGUAAGUACAGAUGACCUCCACUCUAGGACCGACCUGCAUUAUGGGCUGGAUGAUUGUCAGAAGAAUAUGAAUUGUUUGCCUAAGGAGCGUGAUUUUCUGAUUGAAGCACCAGUUUUACAAGAAACUUUCCAUUCUCUGGGCAGUAAUACACCUUCAGGGCAGACUAGUGCAUAUCCAGUAUCCUUGAAAUCUAGUGAAGAAAGCAUGAAAAAGAAGAGAAGAGAAUCCAAGUAUAUUGAGAAACAGCCGUUGUACCAAAAUUAUUGGGUGAAGAAUGCCAAAACCAAUUCAAAACCUGAAAAGGUCCCCUUUCGUUUAGAUGCCUCUCUGUCUAUUGCAGGCUUGGUCACCUCUUCAGUUUUCCAUUCCUCCUCUUCCCAUAUAUCUCCAAAGGAUUCCAGUUACUCCUUCUGGCAGGAUAUCCCUGAAGUGAAGAGCAGAGGGCUUUUGGACAAAAUUACUGUACAGCAACAUCUGUUACAAGAGGUAGUUAUCACUUUUUAUUAUCUUUUAAAAAUGGCUAUAGUUGAGUUUUAUGUGAAAGUAUGA